CACAUCCAUGACACAUCCAUGACUUUGCUUGGAGUUCGAGAGAAAAGGCAAACACUAGCAAGAUUUAGAAGCUAAAGGCAAGAAACUUGGAGCCUGUGAACAUGGCGUGGACGACCGAGCAGAAGAUUCGCAUGAGUGGUGCAGCAGUGGGUCAACCAUAUUGACGCCUACCCUUGUCAGCGUUUGUUGUUUGUUACUGUUAUUUUCUUUUGCGCUGAUUUCUCUACAGAGCCACUUUGGCCAAGCAUGUAAGGGGUGUUCAUUUCACCUGAUGGCAAGAAGUUUUAUUCACGCAGGGCUGCUGUACAGGCAGGCAUGGAGGAUGUAGACCAGGGGCAUGCUAACAGGCCUGAUGAUUCAGACCAGGGGCAUGGCAUUAGCGAUUCUAGACCUGUUGAGCCAGAACCCAUUCAGGAUGUUACUUGCCUCACUUUCUGGCAUGUUGUUCCCCCUUUUCUUCCGGCGACCUGGCGUUUGCCAGGUUACAGGGGCUGACGUGCACGAUGGGGAGGUCGUUGCGCAGAGUGCCACAGAAACUUCUUCUACUCGAUUGCUCGCAGGGCCUGAUAUGGGCGAUGGGGAAAUCGUUGCACCGACUACCCGUACCACCUUCUCUACACCUAGUGUGGCUGUCGCGCCUGUUCAAAAAGGAGGUCCACCUCUGGAGCCACUGCAGGCUGUGUCGAAAAAGCGGCCUUUGGCACACUCUCCUGAGGAUGUAGAUGACGAUGGAAAUCCCAUGCCCAAAGCCUGGCGUCGAGGAUUCUGGACAGGAGAGCCAACAUGGCAAGGCACUGGCCCACAGCCUGGUGAUAUUAACGAAGUCGUCCGCCGACAUGUUGCCCAGAAGGCUGUGUUGCCACCAGGACCUAUUUCUGCACAUUCUGAGAUUGAUGACUUGCUGUCUUCUGCAGCCAUGAGGUUGCGCAAAGCUGCUGCCAAGAAGAAACGUCAGGCAAAGGCCCUGCGCGUAUCUUCAUCUUCUGACUCCUCAACUUCGAGCUCAUCUUCAACGUCUGAAGCUUCC